AUGGAUCCAUUGCAAAAUUCCCAGGUCAGCAGGCAUUUUGUCCAGGAGGUCUUUGAUCGCCUCUAUUUGAUUUAUACUGUUGGAUACUCCAUCUCCCUGGGAUCCCUCACAGUUGCUGUCCUUAUCCUGGGAUACUUCAGGCGUUUGCACUGCACUAGGAACUACAUCCACAUGCACCUGUUCGUGUCCUUCAUGCUGAGAGCCGUCAGCAUCUUCGUGAAGGACGCAGUCCUCUACUCCGGGUCCGCCCUGGAGGAGAUGGAGCGGAUCUCCGAGGAGGACUUGAAAUCCAUCACGGAGGCACCUCCAGCGGAUAAGUCGCAGUUUGUGGGCUGUAAGGUAGCUGUCACCUUCUUCCUCUACUUCCUGGCAACCAAUUACUACUGGAUCCUGGUGGAAGGGCUCUAUCUCCACAGCCUCAUCUUCAUGGCAUUUUUCUCAGAGAAGAAAUAUCUUUGGGGAUUCACGUUAUUUGGCUGGGGACUCCCUGCUGUGUUUGUCACAGCGUGGGCCAGCGUCAGAGCCACUCUGGCCGACACAGAGUGUUGGGACUUGAGUGCUGGCAAUUUGAAGUGGAUUAUUCAGGUGCCCAUCCUGGCAGCUAUCGUGGUAAAUUUUAUCCUCUUUAUCAAUAUUAUCAGAGUCCUCGCAACCAAGCUCCGGGAGACGAACGCAGGGAGGUGCGACUCGAGACAACAGUACAGGAAGCUGCUGAAAUCUACCCUCGUCCUUAUGCCUCUGUUUGGCGUUCACUAUAUUGUUUUCAUGGCUAUGCCAUACACAGACGUGUCAGGGAUUCUUUGGCAAGUUCAAAUGCACUAUGAAAUGCUGUUCAACUCUUUCCAGGGAUUUUUUGUCGCCAUCAUAUACUGUUUUUGCAAUGGAGAGGUCCAAGCAGAAAUAAAGAAGUCGUGGAGCAGGUGGACUUUGGCGCUCGACUUCAAAAGGAAAGCGCGGAGCGGGAGCACAACCUACAGCUACGGACCGAUGGUUUCCCACACCAGCAUCACAAACGUGGCCACCAGAGGGGCGCUGGCCCUCCACCUCAACACCAGGCUGAUCCCAGGGACCCUCAACGGCCACCGGAAUCUGCCGGGGUACGUGAAAAACGGCUCCAUCUCCGAGAAUUCCAUGCCUUCCUCCGGCCCGGAGCAGUACAACAAGGACGAGGAGUACCUGAACGGCUCCGGGCUUUACGACGGAGACAGGCCCACGGUCCUCGUGGAGGAGGAGAGGGAGACAGUGAUGUGAAGACGGGAGGAAGGGGGACGAAAAGGAAAAAAAAAAUAAUAAUAAUAACAAUAAUAAUAAUUUUCAGCCGAAGGAUGGGAAAAAAAAAAAACAACACACGGUUCCCAGAGAGCAUUUAGUGGGAAAAGACCAUCGGGCUAGGCAGCGGAUUCCAAGGGUUUUCCAUGCGGUUUCUCUGUUCUGUGGAAUGAGAGGUUAAGUUAUUUUGGGGGAAAAAAAAAAGAAAAAAAAAAAAUUUACCAAAAAAAAAAAAAA